CGAUGAAUGUACGUUUGACAUGACGUGGUUUUUGAUGGUUGGUACACGACUAUGAAAAUCGUUGCAUCAGCCUUGCUUGGUAUUCAGUACUUAGGUAUGGAAAUGGAAGAGAGACUGAGCCAUUGAACUAGUGGAUGUGUUUGGUGUGUGUAAUGGUAUUUCCAUACUUCUGAAGAAAAUCUGUGACACGGAGAUCAUCCAAAAAUGAAGUCAUCAGCCAGUUGUAUUUUAUUUGUGAUGUUAGCAUCACUUAUUUUAUUGGUGAAAGCUCAAAAUCCAGAAAACCACCAGUUAGUCUUGGUAGAAAGUGAUGAAGCAGAUGAUGAAGUAGAAGUUGAGGAAGAGUUUUCCAGGGAGGAAAAGCCUUUUGAUAUCAGUAAAGUGUUCAUUCCUACAAAUGAAUGGCAAAUAGUAAAGCCAGAUCAAACUGUGCUUCCUGGCCUUCACAUCCGAAUGAAUCUUCAGACAGGCCUCAAAGAGGCCAAGCUUAUGGAUGGGGAUGAUGGCACAAAUUAUUUUAAGGCUCUGGAGAAUUUAAGAAAUGCUGGAGACACUGGAAUUGGGCAAGCAGUCAUACCUUCACCAAGUGAGGAACAAGAAAACUUGAGUAGUGGAAGUCCAGAGAGCGCUGAAAGAGAAGAGAUGCUGAGAAAAAACAUAAUAGAAGCUCUCAAGAAUAUUAAAAGUGAUGAUGGUAAAACUCCUGAGGAGUUAAGCUUGGAAGCAGCUGAGUCUAGAAAAAAGUUUCGUUCCUAUGAAGAUUUGAAAAAAGAUUUUGAUGAAAUAAAUAUUUCCAUGGAAACGGAUAAUGAGAUUUUAACGAGAGUAAUCAAUCAGUAUCAGAAGUCUGAUUCCGAUGAUCAAAAAGUCAUUCUGCUUGAAGACUUAGAAUAUCUUGUUCACCAAUUCGAUAAUGGUAUCACUUUUGUUGAUUUGGGAGGAAUUGAGAUUAUCGUAAAACCAGCCCUUAACUCAACUAGCAGUAUUAUCAAGCAAGGAGCUCUCCACUUACUAGGUUCUGCUGUACAGGGCAAUCCAAAAGUCCAGAUUGCAGCUUUAGAGGCUGGUCUAUUGCAGUUACUUAUUAGAGCAGUGACCCAGGAUCCUAAGGAUGGUGUCUCUCGCAAAGCAAUUUAUGCACUUUCAUGUCUUGUACGAGGCUUUCCAUAUGGCCAGCAAGCUCUUGUGCAGCAUGGUGGAUUAGAAGUUUUGAGAAAAAUUUUUGACCGGAAAGACUGGCAGAGCUUGCCUCUUCAACUUAAGGUUGUGUCUUUAGUUCAUGAUCUUUUGAUGGAAAGGGCUGAAGCUGAAGGGGAACGUUUACAACAACUGAAUCGUCUUGAUAUUACUGAGCAACUUGCUAUUGGAGGUUGGUGCCCUGCUGUGUCUUCUCUGUUAACUGCUGCCUCUUUUGAUCGACGGGAUCGUCGUUAUGAUAUGGGAGCUGCAUUAAGAAAUGAACUGCCUCUACGGCCGGAUCAUGAUACGGUGGACAAAGUUGUGUCAGCAAUGGAUAGCAUGGUUGAAGUUUGUCGCUAUCAUUUUAAUGAAGCUUUACCUCUAUUGAGACAUCUUGCUAAUACAUACGAUGAUUUAGCAUAUAAAGAGCAGUUUCAAGAUGAUGAAGGUGGCUACGGGCUCUUUAGAGGUUUGGCUGAAAUGAUUCAAAAGCUUAUUAAGAAUAUUAAUGUGAAGGAGGAGUUAUGAUUUUUUAAACAAACUUACAACGGUUUCUGUUUAUGACUUUCAAACAAAGCACAAUACUGAUUAAUAUAAUUUACAAAGGUCUGAUGUAAGCACUGUUUUUACUGUUGUACAUUGACAAUUGUGCUUCCAAUACUAUCUCUACAUAUGUUGGUCCUUAAAUUUAUCAGCAUUGCUCUGGUGCUAGUCAGUAUGAAUUACAGAUGAUUUUACUUAAGAUCCGUCAGCAGCUAGUUAAUCUGUACAAGACAAAUGCUCUCAUUUUACAGAAAGCCAAAAAUAACAAUUACUAUUCUGUAGAAAGUGAUCAAACAGAAAAUGGAAUAUUUAUUAUAAAGUGACAAUUAGCUAAGUCCCAGUUCCACGUUGGCCGAGUGUAUUUCGCGCUCGGCUACUAAUCCGGUGGUCUGAAGUUCGAUUCUCGCCUCGGCCAACGCGGAACCAGAGGAAUUUAUUUCUGGUGAUAGAAAUUCAUUUCCCGAUACAAUGUUGUUUGGAUCCCACUAGGUAACCAAUUGGUUCCUAGUCACGUAAAAAUAUCUAAUCCUUCGGGCCAGCCCUAGGAGGGCUGUUAAUCAGCUCAGUGGUCUGGUAAAACUAAGAAUACGUACUUAACUUAACCCAUACUUGUUAUGCAGUCUUGGUUUGGGAGAUGGAGGGAUAACCCACACAUUUUGGCCUGGAGGAAGCAUAAUUUGUCAACUCGGCCAACUUGAAAUAAGUAUGUGCUCAGAAAUCUUUAACUUCAAUCUGUAUUUUCUUAUAAAUUCUUUUGCAAAUUUGAGAUUUUUUAAGAUUUAACAAAUGUGCAGUGUCUGUGGAUUCAUGCACUAGUAGUCAGUGUGAAUGAUUUCACUUAUUAUAAUUACUGACUUAAGAAUAAUAUUAAUGAUUACAAUCAAUUACGUACUUUAAGUAGAUUUUCAGCACAGGAAUGCUGAAGAGAAAAUUAUGUAUGUGUUUACAUGAAUUAGGAUCGAUGAAGGGAAUCCAGAUCUGUGAAAGGAAACAAAUAAAUUGAUUGUAAUUAGAACUCAAAAGAUCUUGGUAUAGUAGUAGUUAAUCAUUUUUAUCAUUAAUAAUGUAGAUUUCUUGUCAGAUUUAUGGUGUAUUUUGAGCUCACUGCGCUUCAAUUUAAAUCUUAUGUGAUCAUGAAUAGUUAUGCAGAUUGUGGAUAAAUGACCUUUGAAAAACAUAAUGUUAUUAUGGAUUGUUUGGACAUGUUAAGGUGGGUUAUAUCCCCAUGUACUACAAAUAACCCAUACUUUUUUUUGCUCUUCUAGCAUAGCAUUAUGUUGUGUACUGGCAGUAUUCCCUGUGUUGAAAUAGUAUUUAUUGAAGGUCUGGUAGUCAGUUGCUGAAUUAGGUUAUGGUUGUGACCUAAAAUUUGUGUUCAUAGCCAGUUACAAAUGCGAUUGUCAGAAGGGAGAGUAUUUUUCUUGAGUUUUGCCUUAUUGAUAUUCACUUACCAAGAAGUUGCAUUGGGUUUCAGCUCUAUGGUACAGUUUCAGGUGUGACACAAAUCUUGGUACAUAUGAUAAUUAGUUAGGUUCCAAUGAAAAGUUCACGCUAUUGUGAAUUCACACAACUCGAAUUGCGUAAGUUCAGGGUAUUACUGUAUUGAAUAUUUUUUCUAAUAUUCACUACAGUGUAUUCGUAUAAAACCUCCCAAAAUGUAAAUUAUAAUGAUUGGUACACAUGCCUGCAUAUUUAAAAUUAUUUCUGUUGUAUUGGCUUGAAAAUUCAGUAAGAGCACAUAAAUUUGUAUAAAAUACCUCUUUUAAGCAUUAGGAAUGGUUAAUUGGGCCAGUAUUUUUUAUUACAUCGGAAGGAAUGUCAUGAUAUUGCAGGGAGUGGUCGUUUUGUUAGGUUAUGAGAACAGUUUUAUUGCACGUCCAAGCUACUAUACAGUAUUUAUUUUGCUAAAUAAGCCCUAUGAAGGUUGAAAAUAUGAGUGAAGAUUCUUGUAGGGGUUUUUAGUAGCACUUUGAGGUUUUAAACUUGAGGUAGGUUUACUAAUAGUAAUUUUUAUUGUGCAUCUCAUUUUCUGUUUGCCAACCUCCAUUGGGAUGAGUGAGGUGAAGGUAGGAGGGCGCUAAAGAUUAUGAUCAGUUGGUUUGUAAUGAAGUAUGUUUUAUGUAAAAAGAUUGUAUGUAAUUUGAAACUCAGAAAUCAUAAUUAGCCAGAAUCACAAUUUAGGAGGAAAAACAAAGCAGCAGAGCCUUUUAAGAGCAUAGAAGAUCCAGAUAUUAGAAAUCCAUUCCCAAAAUGACAGACAGUGGAGCAUAUGAUGACUUUAGAAUGCCAGGUUGUUUCCAUAAGUAAUGGCUGCAACCAAAGACUUAGCCCUGAUUAGUGCAUUCACCAAGUGCCUGAAGUGUAAAGGUGGGAACUCCAAGCAAUGGCGGGUGACGUUAUGAUGAGCAGGAGAAUGAAUGAAUAGAAUCUUGUGACGUGUUGCACACAACCAAUUAUAAUAAUUGGACUUGGUGAGAAACAUCUGCGAAAACUGUGCCCCAACCAUAAAAAACACAUGAAAGAAACUUUCUAGGGCCAAAGUAGAGAGCAUCCAGUAUAACUGACAUCAGAGAAGAACAGGAUGCUUGAAUUUUAAGGGUAUGGAUUUUGAUCAGAGAGAUCUUGUGUGCAAUAUCUGUUUACGACCAGGAAUCUUUUGAAACUUGACAUGAGGAGAUGCCUUGAGAGAUUUUGAUUCUUGCGACUCAGGAGAAGUGAUUGAUAAAGUUGCAAUGGGCGGAAAGAUAUAACCAAUGGAGGCACAAUUUGAAGGACCCACAGAAAAAAAAAAAAACUAGGAAGGGGGUGCUGGCAAAUAGCAAGUCAAGCUCAAGCUUCCAAGAGUUAAUUGUUAAAAGCAGGAGAUUCACAGCCUCAAACUUCAAAGCAAACAAAAGUCCCUCAUGAAGCUGAGGGUACUUUUGAUGGGCAAAAACUAAUGGAAAUGCACCCUUGAGGUGCAGAAAUCAGUAUGCAUAAAAAAUUAGUUAAACAGUAAGAGAAUCUGUGAAAACCACAAUAUAGAAUUGACUUGAAGGCUCAUGGAUUCCUGGAACAGCAGGAACGAAAGUUCAGAAAAGCUCAGAAAGUUUUGUUAGUGUUGGGAGCAUGUUCCCUCUGAAGACAGGUGAAGAGAGGGUUGGGCAAAGAUUCAUUAAAAGAGAAGAGCGAAUGCAAAAUAAAAUAAAAUAAAAUUUCUCAAAGAAGAAAUAAUUUAACAUGUGACCCUUUGAUCAAGUGUGGUGAGGACCCUGUACAUUUUACUGACCAUGAAUCAUGUAAAAUGUGUAUGUAAAAGGCAGAGGUUUAGGAGCUGCCAUCCAUGCAAUAUCUGCUGACACAAUCUCUGGAGUGCCACCAUCUUCAAGGCUACACCUGAUGAUCACCAUUGGAAGAUGCCCUUUGAAGGGAGGUAGGCAGCAUCAGUACAGGGAAGCCUCCCUAUAUGAAAUUCAAAAGACCUUGACAAGGAUGACACAUACUGAAGCCCUCUGUAACCGGAAAAUUGAUUUACUCUGUACAAGGACACCACCAAGGGAGACCUGAAAGAAUGGAGAUUCUACCAUUUUGCUAAAUGAGAAUGCUGAGGCAUGAUUGAGAUAACAGUCCUCCCUAAAGUUAGCACAAGAGGUGGGGAAGUACAUCUGUAAGAAAAAUGUUUUAAUUCACUUAGUGUAAGAAAUGAAGACAAUGGACUAGAAAUGACUACAAAUAGUGGUAUGGAGUGUAAGGCAAACUGCUACCAUGAACAGAAUAAAAACUAGAAUUAGUGUUGUGUAAUCUGCAAUGGUAUUUGUACAAUUUAUGACCAUAGAUUUGCUUGUAAGGGCCAUUCAUUAUGGUUUUCUCUUUUUUUCUAUCAUUCAGAGCAAAAACUAAAAUUGAUUAUUGCAGUGUUUGUGAUCACUGAUUUGAUUGUAAAGGUUAUUGAUUACAGCAUUACCCUUGACUUGGGGUUCUUGUUUAUAAGUUUUGAUGAUAUUUGGAGGACAUAAUAAAUGUUGCCACUUACAGUUUUUUGAACUGGUCUUUAAAACCUUGGUGGAGUUUGUUGUACUGCUUAUGAACUUUUGAAAGUGCAUUUCAGAAUUAGUAUUUCCUGAGAUGUGUUACUCAAACUUUUCUCAUUAAUCUUGUGUAUUUUAAGGUUUUAAGCAUUUUAAUCGUAUCAUAUAUGGAUAUUUCCUUGUGGCAAGAGUUACAAGGAAAACUUAAAGUAGGCAUGUUGGGCAGGCUGUUGAUUAUAAGCCAUCUUUUUCAUAAAGAAAAAGAGAAUGAACUGUGUUUUGAAUGCAGUGAACUGAAAUUAGUGUAAAGUCUGUUAAAUAGAGAGCAGACAUAUUUUGGUCUUUCACAUCAUGCCUUAUAUCAUCUCCUUUUUUAGGGCAAGUUUCUAGAGCAUUCCAUCUUGUGUAGUAGUACUUGGAAAAGUACUUGGAAGUACACAUCUGUAAUAUUGAUGGCCCAUAAUUCCACUCUGUACCUGAUUAAAAAAAAAGAAAUAUAGUCUCCUAAUAGAUAAAGAUUCUGUUUAGUAGACUUUAGAAAGUUCUUUGCUGAUAGUUUGUGAAUAUAUUACAUAAUUAUUACUCUUAAUUCUUAUCUACAGUGUUUUUGACUUGAUUCUAGCUAUUGACAUAACCUAAUGGUUUAUUACUUUUGAUUUUCUCAUAAUUACUGUACAGUAUUUUUUAAGGCUUUAAAACAGCCUCAUGGUUAUAUAUGUUUAAGUAUAUUGUGCUUUAUAAUGCCAUUAAAAUAAACACUGCAGAAAAUAUGUUUCGUAUAUAUAAGCACAAAGGUUAACUUCUUGAACUGAUGGUUUUUAAACCAGCAAGGAAAAUAAUAUUUUUAAUACAAAAUUUUAAACUAAAUGCAAAAGUUCAUAGUCAUGCCUGUAUAUGCAACUAGAAGCAUACUGGUGAUUUAAGUUGCUUAGGAUGACCAGCCCCAAGAGAACUCAGAUUUUUAGCUCAGUAAUCUGGUUAAUUUUUUUUUUAUACCUUAACACUUGAGUAUUUUAUGAUAGACAUAUAGUAUUUUCAAGUUUUCAUGUUAGUCCUCAUUCUCAUAGAAAGACAGGGGCAACUGUGAUCAAGUAAAAUAAGAGAUAAAUUGAUGGGCUUGGGCAGGUACUUAAAAUGUUGGGCUUCAUCAGAACAUCGACUAAAUAAUAAGUGUAUUGCUCUUUAUUAUGAAACUGUCACUUAGAUGGAAGUAAUCUGUUAUGCAUCAUACAAUUAAAAGCACAUAUUUUUUCCAUUUUUUGUUUAGUGUUCAUAGAGAAUUCUCCAUUUCUGUUGUGCUGACUCACUCUCAGGUCUUGAUCAUGUUAUAAGUGUUUUUGUACUCUUUACAUGAAUAUUUUGUAACAAGUACUGUGAUAUAAUUUAUGUUUUUGUCUAUUGUAUUAUACAUUCUUCUAAAAUUUCAUCUAUUCA